GACUGCUGUCAUGGCAGCUACUUUGGACGACUAUGCACCACGAGCCCUCGCUCCCUCGCUCCCCCACUCGUCAUCGUCGUCUCCCUCCUCUCCCACCUUAUCGUUCUUCUCGUCUGCUGAGCCUGCAAAGAGCAUGCUUCUCUGCGCAUCGCUUUCAAGGAGUUUGUCAGAGAAAAUCACUCCUUUCGUCCAUCCGGUUGAAGACGAUGAUGAAGAAGAGGAGGGCUCUCCUCCUCCCCUGCCACCUCCAAGCCGGUUCCGCAGGUCAAGGGACAUGCACUCAUCGUAUUCAUCGUCUUGCUCAUCCCUUUCCUCCAUGGCAGAGGUUGACAGCCCAGUUGCGAGAGUUACGUUGAUGAGGACGUGGGGUUCAGAAACACAUCUAGACGACCUAAUUUUACAGGCAGAAGAAAAGAUUAGCUCUUCCCCAGACAUAGACAAGAAGAUUGAGGAAGCUCCAAGGAUAAUGCGGCGUUCAUCCUCGCUUAACAGCUUGAGUGACGCUGGCAACCUCGGGAAAGCGCGAAUGUACUACAACAGAAGCAUUGGAAAGGAGAUCCAGGGGACUGAUUUGCUUCCGAAGCUCAGGCGAAAUCCAGGAAAAUGAUGUUCUGCUCAAGGUCGCACGACUUUACCAUCACCGAUCAUCUGACAGGACACAAAGUUUGUGCUCCGGUACCAGUUUCCUCUAGUUUCCAUGUUAGUGUUAAUAGCCUAGUUGUGUAGUGUGGGUUAGUGUAAUGGAUGAGUUUCCAUUUCAAAUC